AUGCAGCUCAGCACUCGUCUUGCUCCGGACCGUCUGACGGACGGACAUUUGCACUCUACCCCAUUUUGCAUGGUUGCAAACAAACGCACUGUUUUCUCUUUUAUCAACUCAGUGAUUCUCUGCUUCAUGCGGGUCUAUCGGCUCUACGCUGUACACCCGAAACUGGGUCCAAAGUUGGUGAUGAUCGGCAACAUGAUGACGGAACUGCUCGUGUUCAUCUUCAUCUUGGCGAUGGUCCUCAUCUCCUAUGGCGUAGCGAUGCAGUCGAAUCUGUACCCGAACCGGUCUAAUUUCAGCUGGCCAGCCGUUCGUGACGCAUUGUACUACCCUUACUUCAAUCUCUAUGGCGAAUUGGACAUCUCUGUUUCUAUGGGUAAGAGCUGGCAUACCCACAUCGGGCACAUGCAAAGCAAUGAAACAUUUUUAAGAACAUUUAUUGGCAUUUACUGUAUUGCCUAUUGGUUUGUCUGGGAGGCAUUUAUACUGUCAUUUGAGGGCUGA